AUGAUGAAGCCUUUCCGCAAAAGCAAGCGGCUGUCCAACUCGCUGUCGUCUUCCAAACAUUCCAUCUCUCGAGUGGCCUCGGGCCCGCCCGAAAUGCCUCCGACGUUGAUGCUGCCCCGCAAGGUGAUCAGGGCGCUCUACAGCUACGACCCGCAGGGUCCAGGCGAGCUCAAGUUCGCCAAGGGCGAUUUUUUCCACGUGAUGGACGAUUCCUCCGAACCAGAGGCUAGCGGCUGGUACGAGGCGACCAACCCGGCCACAAACCAGCGGGGCAUGGUGCCCGUGUCGUACUUCGAGGUGUUCAACAAGCCCGUGCACGACGAGCCCAAGCCACGCAGCGCCACGCAGACAUUGUAUGCGGUGACGCUUUACGAGUUCAAGGCCGAGCGGCCGGACGAGCUUGACAUUGUGGCCGGCGAAAACUUGGUUAUCUGCGCCCACCACGAGUACGAGUGGUUUAUUGCCAAGCCCAUCACGCGCUUGGGCGGUCCUGGCUUGGUGCCGGCGCUGUAUGUGAAGAUCAUCGACAUGGCCAAUCCGGCCAAGGCCGUGGAAACAGACUUGGCCGCGGCCAUUGACCAGCUUCACAUCCCCACGGUCGAGGAAUGGAAGAGCCAGACGGCGCGGUACCAGGCGCUGACCAUCCCGUUGGGCUAUGUGCUGAACCUGGCGCCGCCGUCGUCGUCCAACACGCAGUACUUCCAGGAGCGCCCGUCGCUGAACCGCUCGUCCUUGGGUGUCUAUGUUGUGGAGGUGGCUGUCGAGCUGUACAUCUUGGAGCAGGGCCGGUACCAGUAUCUAGUGGUGGCGCGGCUUCUGAACGGGAAAACCCGCCAGUUGUACCGGUACUACCAGGACUUCUACGACAUGCAGGUGAAGUUGCUUGAGUUGUUCCCGUACGAAGCAGGCAAGCUCGAAAACUCGCGGCGCAUCAUCCCGCUGAUUCCAGGCCCAUUGAUCCAUGUCAACGAUCUGAUUUCGAAGUUGCGGCGUGAAAAACUAGACUACUACUUGCGCACGUUGAUCUCUUUGCCGGCGCACAUUUCCCGUUCUGAAGAGGUGCAGAGCUUGUUCCAAGUGCUCGAUAACGGCUUUGACCGCGAGCUCACUGACGCACGCGCAGACCGAUCUUCGCGGCCCGUGCAGCAAGCGUCAACGCUGCAGCAGGACAGACUAUCACAAUAUCUGGGCCAUCAUGCGGCCCAACGCACAUCGACGCCGACGCUGGAAUCGCCGCCGCUGGCAGGGCUUGCCCAGGCGGCGCUGAAGGUCAAGGUCAAGUUCUACUACGAGGACGAUAUAUUCGUGUUGUUGUUGCCCGCCAACUUGCGCUUGCAGGACUUGAAAACCAAGUUGGUGCGUCGUCUUGCGCUUGACGCAGACGCGGGUGCAGCAGGUGCAGCCGGCGCUACAGGUGCACCAGACGCAGAACCAGCGGUGUACUUGUUCAUGAAGAGCGACUACGACUCGUUUAUGGACUCCAACAACAUCACACUGGAGCUGCUUACGCCGGACCAGCGCGAGCGGCUCUUUGCGUUGGAAAUGGCCGACGACGCCAAGUUCCAUAGUCUGUUGUACGACAAGUGCAAGGUUGUUAUUUUGGCGGGUUGA